UACGCGUUGGUUUAGACAGAAAUUUCAGUUGUUAAUCCCCGUUCUUUGUCCAUCGAUUUCGGAGUUGGAUUCUGUUCCUUCUCUUGCUGCGGUUGCGGUUAAUCUGUUAAUGGGGGAGGAGUCGCGGUUAAUGCGAUGUAGUAGUAAUUUUCUGCUUGGUUUCUAUACUAAGCCUGCAGGGUCAGGUAGAGUUGCAGUUUGCAGGCAAUCCGCUUUCUGUCGCGUGGUGUUGUGGUGAUGCGGAUGCUCACACGCAAACACCGGUUCCAACCAUCGAAUCUAAACCCAACCUGUUCAGACAGCUUGGAUUCCUCUAUUUGCAGCCUUGCAGCCAACGAUGUUGACGCCUCUUGCAUCGUGUUCUUCUUUUUAAUUAACUACUCCACUUGGUAGUAGAAUAAUAUAUAAGCAGCCCUCAUGUCAUUUGGGCACAUGACAUUGCAUCUGGAGUGUUCUACAUGCUACCACUACUUUUUGUUUUAGCCAAUUAAUUACUACUUAUUAUCUCCAAGGUUCCACUGUCCGUACACCCACUCCGAGGAAUUGGCUUCAUUCUCAAAUCUGAUUUUACCUUGGUGCCACUUUUGGAAUGUGCUGAGCCUCUGGGUACCAAGGAUGAAAUUUGUGCUUGUAUUUGGAUGACAUAAGCGCGCCACGCACUUGCUAGGAAGGAAUGAAAAUCAGCGGACUUCUGACCUCUGCUGGCAUCAAUAUCGCUCUUUCUGUGCUGUUUAUAUCGCUCUAUUCUGUUCUGAGGAAGCAGCCAGCCAAUGUCAGGGUCUACUUUGGGAGGAGGAUUGCCGAGGAGCAUAAUCGGCUCCGAGAAGCUUUUAUCUUGGAGAGAUUUGUACCAUCUACUGGCUGGAUAGUAAAAGCCCUGCAGUGUACCGAGGAAGAGAUCUUGGCUGCUGCUGGGCUAGAUGCUGUUGUUUUCAAUAGAAUUCUAGUAUUCAGCUUACGCAUCUUCUCUCUAGCUGCCAUUCUGUGUGUGUUUGGAAUUCUACCACUGAACUACUUUGGGCAAGAUAUACAUCAUGUUCGGAUUCCUUCAGAAUCAUUGGAUAUCUUUACAAUUGGGAAUGUGAAAGUGAGAUCAAGAUGGCUUUGGGUCCAUUGUGUAGCCUUGUACAUAAUAUCAGGAGUAGCUUGCAUUCUCCUAUAUCUUGAGUACAAGCACAUUGCUAGGCUGAGGCUCCGUCAUCUUACUUGUGCAAUGCCCAAUCCAAGCCAUUUUACUGUCCUUGUUCGUGGAAUACCAAAGGAAACCAAAGAAUCAUGCAGUAAUGCUAUUGAUGAUUUCUUCACCAAGUACCAUGGAUCAAGCUACCUGUUCCAUCAAGUUGUUUACAAAGUUGGAAAAGUUCAGAAGAUAAUGACUGGUGCUAAGAAGGCAUACAGGAAAUUCAAACAUUUUACAGACAGCACUAUUGAUCAGAGGUGUCGAGCAAUUUCAUACCGGUGCUGUCUGUGCGGAGCCUCAUCUAAUUCUUUCCAGCUGUUGGCAACUGGGCUUGAGCAGAAUCAGGGGAAAUCUGACCUUCAAGAUUCCAGCUUGAAACUAGAUGAUCAGGAAUGUGCAGCUGCUUUUGUAUAUUUCAGAACUCGGUAUGCUGCUCUUGUUGCCUCAGAAAUACUCCAAACAUCUAACCCUAUGAAAUGGGUUACUGAUCUAGCUCCAGAACCAGAUGAUGUGUAUUGGUCAAAUCUUUGGCUACCUUAUAAGCAGCUUUGGAUUCGCCGAAUAGCUACGCUCCUUGGUUCAAUUGUUUUUAUGUUAUUCUUUCUGAUACCAGUGACAUUUAUACAAGGACUAUCUCAGCUAGAGCAGUUGCAGCAGAGGCUUCCUUUCCUGAAGGGGAUACUGGAGAAGAAAUACAUGAGCCAGCUUGUAACUGGGUACCUUCCCAGUGUCAUACUGCAAAUAUUUUUAUAUGCCGUUGCACCGAUAAUGAUAUUAUUUUCUACAUUAGAGGGGCCUAUAUCUCACAGUGAAAGGAAGAGGAGUGCUUGCUGUAAAGUGCUGUACUUCACUGUUUGGAACAUAUUCUUUGGAAAUGUACUAUCUGGUACUGUCAUAAGCCAAUUGAAUGUGUUAUCAAGCCCAAAGGACAUCCCUGUCCAGCUUGCUAGAGCUAUACCUGUCCAGGCUACCUUCUUUAUCACCUAUGUUCUGACAUCAGGAUGGGCCAGUUUAUCAUCUGAACUUAUGCAAUUAUUUGGUUUAAUAUGGAACUUUGUGAGGAAAUAUAUUCUACGUAUGCCAGAAGACACAGAGUUUGUUCCCUCAUUCCCAUAUCACACAGAAGUGCCAAAAGUUUUGCUGUUCGGACUACUGGGCUUCACAUGCUCUGUACUGGCACCUUUGAUCUUACCUUUUCUGUUAGUGUACUUCUUCCUUGGUUACAUCGUGUACCGCAAUCAGUUGCUCAAUGUUUACCGCACAAGAUAUGACACAGGGGGUUUGUACUGGCCAAUCGCACACAACGCAGUGAUAUUCUCUCUCGUGCUCACACAGAUUAUCUGCCUUGGUGUAUUUGGCCUGAAAGAAUCACCAGUAGCUGCAGGCUUCACCAUACCUCUUAUCAUCCUCACUCUGUUAUUCAAUCAGUAUUGCAGAAAUCGACUUCUCCCAUUAUUCAGAACUACCCCAGCACAGGAUUUAAUUGACAUGGACAGGGAAGACGAACGGUCAGGAAGAAUGGAUGAAAUUCACCACCGGCUUCAUUCUGCCUAUUGUCAGUUCCACGACACUGAAGAUAUACCCUUGGAGAAAAUUCAGACUGUCGGGAGCGAUGAGGAACAAGGGUGUAGCUCUGAUAAGUCGAAUGGAAAAGAAAGCUUCGAGGAACCCAGAGCGGAGUUGUCUCACCCAACACUGAAUGGACUCCCAGUUAGCCGUCUUCGGCAUGCUGUGAAGUCGAUUACUUUCCUUGUCAGAUUGCAGAAAAGAGGUUUGUCAGAAUAGAAUAGGAUAUCUAACUACUAACCCCUUCAUCAGCCUGUUCAGCGAUGAAAAUGUACAGCCACAUACAUCAUACAACAUACAUUGAGAGAGCAUCAGGAUACCUGAAAAGCAAUUUUGUUGUUUUGAUCCGUUUGAUUUCCAAGCUAGUGACUCUAGGACAUGCUAGUUAAUCAGUAUAUUCAAGCCUUUGCCAUGCAGAUAUUGUUGUAGUGCUAGGUCAUUCUGUUACAUGAAAUUUAAACUUGUUUCUUUGGUAACCUCAGCUACUCUGCAACUCAAUUACCCUCCUCUUCUAACUUCAACUCAUCUGAGAAUGUAAAACUGAAAUUUCCAUGCC